AGUUGACUCGUCGUAACGACGAUAUGAUUAAGAAAUUAGAGCAACAAAGACAGGAAUUGGACGAAAGGAGGAAAGCUUAUCAAAAAGAUUUGGAAGCGUUUGAACUCAUCUCCAAAGACAUGGAAGAGAUCAGAAGAGUUAACACAAUGGACAGCACAAUGAGAUCAAUGUGUUUAUAGCUCUGAUUGAUUGCAUGUCUUAACGUCAAAGAAAAGCUGCCAUUAAUGCGGAAAAAAUUAUUAGAAGAAUGAUAAAUAUUACCGGGAUUUUAGUGUUGACUCGAUUUUAUUAAAUGGAUUUAGGGAUUGCAUUGACGGCUAUUAUCUGACACCUUCGGCCUCAGUCUCCACUCUUAACUCAAAUCAUCGAAAUUCACG